GUAGGGAAGGAGACAGGGGUAAAAGAUUGGGAUCGAACAGUGACAAAGUGUGUGGAGUGUAAAAAGACGGUAAGACGGAGGGAGCGCCAGCGCUCGACCAGGUAUGCCUCGAAACUCUAUGCCCAAGCACGGGCCCAGCUCCUAAUGAGAAACGAUUUGAUUGAAGCAAAGAUGGAAGAUCAAAGAGCUGAGCAUAUGAUACGAGCGGGCAAUCGUAUGGAGCGGACUUCGAAACGGAUACGAUGG